CUUAUUUCUACAGAACCACGGGCCAGGAAUUUUGGUGGUGCAAUAGCAUGUGGGAAGUCAGGCAAGCUGCAAGCAUCUUCAGAGCCUGGCUCCAGAUUGUCCCUGUCUCAGUGCUGAGGCAGUACAAGGCAUCAUCAAAGAUGACUGGAUGCUGACAAUGUCUUGGCUGCCUCAAGGAGCAGGACCUGGAAGCCCUCCUGUCCCUCCAAGAUGGGGCACCAGUUUGCCUAUUUUCCCAGGAGACAUGGUUUUGUAUGAUUCAAAGUAAUAUGGCCACACUCAUGAAGGAAGGAAAACCUGAGAGAGCAGGUUUUGUGUGUUGUUUCCCACCAGACAGCUGUCAGAUAACAGCUCUCAGUAGCAUUUCUUAGUAGUAUUUUUCUGGAAACAAUAUUCAGUGGUCAGGAAAAUAAGAAAGGCUGUGUGGCAUUGCCUGAGUUUGGCAGGUAGGAUGAAAAGAGAGCAGUGAGAAGGCCCAGCAGCACUGUGUGUUUCAUUGCCUGGAAAGGCACGUCACAGGCACAUACACAAGAAGAAAAAGGCAAAGAAAACCCCCCCACAUGCAUAACCUACUGUGUACAUUGGAGAUUUCUAGCAGCCCUUUUUCUUCCUGUGGGAGCCAGCUUUUCUCUUGGACACUCUGCAUGGCAGAGGGCUGCUGGGCUGCUGUGCCCUUGGCUGAAGAGUAGACAAAGCCCAGUGUUUUAGAGCCACUGCAGGCAGCACAGAGCUCCUGCCUGGGCUGCCUUUUGCUCCUCAGCACUGAACAACUUCUCUGCUCUUGCCACUGUUCUGAUUCUAGGGGCUUUGGAGCUGUUUAUAAGGCCUUCGACACUGCCACAGGACAAGCGGUGGCUGUAAAGGAACUUUAUCUCCAGCACCAGGGCUGUGAGGGAGUAUUAAAAGAAAUCCUGCUCAUGAGAGAAAAUAAGAACGCCAAUAUUGUCAGCUACUUAGAAAGCUACCUUGUGGAUGAGGCUGUCCUGCUGGUGUUGGAAUAUAGGGAUGGAGGCUCCUUAGCUGAUGUGGUCACCGUGAGAAGGAUGGCUGUAGGACACAUAGCAACAGUGUGUCGGGAGUGCCUGCAAGGCCUAGCUUUCCUUCAUGCCAAGCAGGUGAUCCACAGAGACAUCAAAAGCGACAACAUCCUUCUGGGCCGGGAUGGCUCCGUCAAGCUGGCUGAUUUUGGCCUCUAUGCUGUGCUCAGCCCUGAGCACAGGAAACGGAGGUCGAUGGUCGGGACCACUUACUGGAUGGCACCCGAGGUGGUGAGAAGAGAGCCUUACGGCCCCAAAGUGGACACCUGGUCCCUUGGCAUCGUGGGAAUAGAAAUGGCCACAGGAGAGGCUCCUUAUAUGCAGGAGACCAGUGUCAAGGCCAGCUACCUGAUAGGCAAGCAAGGGGUUCCAAAUCUGCACCAGCUCAGGCUACCCCCUGGCUUGUGUGAAUUUCUGGGCUGCUGCCUGCAGAUGGAUGUGGACAGGCGAGGCUCUGCCAAGGAACUUCUGCAGCAUCCAUUUCUGCAAUCAGCGGAGCCUCUCUUAAGCCUCUUCUGACAGCCUGAUUGCUGCCAUCCCUGCAGCAAGGGAAUGCAGGGAGCAAAGGAGAUGACAAGGACCACUUCAGCACUGGAGAACAGAGCCUCUGAGAGCACGUAGGAAUCCAGAGGAGAGAGGGGCC